CCAUAAUACCCCUCACUUUGAAAGGUCAUCCCUUUCCUUUUCUAUUCUACAACGUCACCUACCUGAAAAACCAAAUACAGAAAUUAAUCCCAUCUUUGACUAGGUCACCCUCUUAAUCUUAAAUCCAAUUAGGUUUGUUCAUCUCCCUAAUCACAAUAAUAAUCUAAUCUAACCUAAUCCAAUCAUAUCUGAUAAACAAGAGAAGGAAGAAUAUGUAUGUGAAAACUGAAACAACCAUAGAUGUGAACCGCAACACGGAAUGGUUCACAUACCCCGGAGUUUGGACUACUUAUAUUCUCAUCGUUUUCAUUUCUUGGCUUAUUUUUCUAUCUGUCUUUGGUUGCUCUGCUGGUAUGGCGUGGACCAUUGUUCAUCUCGCUCAUUUUGCUAUUACUUAUCAAUUCUUUCACUGGAAGAAGGGGACUCCAUUUGCUGAUGACCAGGGAAUCUACAACGGUCUGACUUGGUGGGAGCAGAUAGAAAAUGGCAAACAAUUGACACGGAAUAGGAAAUUUUUGACUGUGGUACCUGUAGUUUUGUAUCUGAUAGCUUCACAUACGACAGACUAUCAAAAUCCAAUGCUGUUCUUCAACACAUUAGCAGUAUUUGUAUUGGUGGUGGCAAAGUUCCCACACAUGCACAAGGUUCGCAUAUUCGGAAUUAAUGGUGGUCACAACUAGAAAACUGAAUGUUUAAAUUUCUGCUGUCAACUUUUCGGCAUGCUGAUAUGCCUGGUAUUGUCCCUGUACAGAUACUAAAACUGUCAAGGGUUAGCAUUAUUUUCUUUGUUGUGAAGCAAAUAUGUAUACGUCCCUUGAUUACAUCCUGGGUUUAAAGAAAAAGCACUAAAUUUUGCUUGUAUUAUUCUGGCUAGAUGCUUACAAUAUCAUAUCAUUCUCCUUUGUUAAAUAAA